AUGUGGCGCAUGCGUGGUGGCGCUUGCCGGCGCGGGAGCGGUUGCGGCGGCGGUGGCGGCGGGGCCGAAGGCGGCGGCCUGGGCCGGCUUCGCGGAUGCGGCGGCAGCGGCGGCGGCGGCGGCGGCGUGCAGGGCUGGCUAGGCCGUGCGGGCGGCGCCCCCCGCCAGCAGCUGGAAGAGCGCUUCGCCGACCUGGCCGCCAGCCACCUGGAGGCCCUGCGCGCGCGGGACGAGCGGGACCGGCAGAACGCGCGCCUCCGUGAGGAGAACGCCCGGCUACGGCUGGAGAACCGGCGGCUCAAGCGCGAGAACCGCAGCCUCUUCCGCCAGGCCUUGCGCCUGCCCGGGGACAGCGUGGACGGAGCGUCUGAGGAGGCGGCGGCCCCGGCGGCGGCUCCGGGCUACGAGGAAGCCAGUCCGAACCGGUUUGCCAGAGGCGGCGGCGGCGACCUCGAGCUCAGCACCGCCAGCGCCUUGAGGGCCCGCCUCGAGAAGCUGGAAGUCAUGUACCGCCGGGCACUGCUGCAGCUGCAUCUCGAGCAGAAGAUGCGUGGGCCGCAGUGGCCUGACGAGAAGGAAGAGCCGCCUCAGAGCCAAGCCCAGACAAGCCCACCCGGCCCGGGGCCCUCUGAGCCCCAGGAUGGCGACGGGGCCGUAGCCUGAGGCCGCAGCCCCAGCGGCCAUGGGCGUGGCCUGGUCCCGGAGGUGCUGGGCGUGGCCUGGUCCAGGCUCCGCCCCCAGCUCCGUUUGCU